AUGCCACGCCGCAUCGUGGUCACCAACGCCACGAUUCUUACACUGGAUGAUAAGGAUUCCUUGUUGUUCCCGGGCACACUCGAGAUAAGGGAUGAUAAGAUCCACAGCAUUCGCAGCAGCGCUGAGGACAGUGACUUGGCUAAGGGCUAUGGAGACGACGCGCCGUUGUGGGAAUACCUAGACGAAGUCUGGUACCCAGCAAUCCGUGCUCUCACUCCCCAGCGGGCCCGCGUGGCUGCGCUGUACUCCUACGCAACGGCCCUGAAGUCCGGCACCACUACGGUCAACGACAUGUACCGGCAACUGAACUCGCUGGCUUCGGCCGCAGAACAGGUCGGUAUCCGCGCCGUGCUGUCUAACGAUGUCGCACUUGCAGAGCACAAGCUCGACUCUGCAGAAGAUAAUGUUGCGGCUUUCAAGGCCAAUGAUGGAGCCGCAGACGGGAGAGUCAAGGUCUGGAUGGGCCUUGAGUGGUUGCCGCUUGCAGACGAGUCGCUACUCAGAGACGUGGAAAACGCCAUGAAGGAUUUGAAUACCGGGUUGCACAUCCACCUCUGCGAGUCACGAACCGAGGUCAAGAAUUCGCUAGACAGAUUUGGAGGGAAGCGACCUGUGGAAGUAGCCCACGAAGCCGGCCUGCUGGGUCCUCGGACUGUGGCAGCCCACUGCGUCCAUCUUUCGGAAACCGAAGUCGAACUUCUUGCAAAGACGGGGACUAGCGUCUCCAUCAACAGCGGCAGCAACGCGAAGCUAGGCAACGGGAUCGCAAGGGUGCAGGAUUUGGUGAAGGCAGGGGUGAAUGUGGGAAUAGGGGUUGACGCGUGCGAGUGCCACAACAGCGUGGAUAUGUUCGAGGAGAUGAAGAUAACGAGCUAUAUGCAGAGGGCUCUGCACGAGGAUCCUGUCUUAGGGCAGCCGGGACCGAUCCUGCGUAUGGCGACAUUAAACGGAGCGAAGGCACUGGGGCUUGAUGCUGGAACCAUCGAAGUGGGAAAGAAGGCGGAUAUUAUUUUAAUCGAUCUGAGGAAGGAUAUGAUGUUCACGCCUUUGCUUAAGGGCCCACUUGAGGGUAGGAGGAAGCAGUUGGACAGCCACCUUGUGUUUGGGUGUAAUGGCACUGGUGUUGAUACGGUCAUUGUGGAUGGAAGAAUUGUGGUCAGGGAUCGGAAGGUGCUGGGAAUCAACGAAGAGGUUGUUAGGAAGGAGAUGGACGAGAUGUUUGCUGCAGUUGUCGACGAGAUGCAAAGAAAACAAGAAACAGAGUAG